GCCGGAGAUGGAGGAGCGCCCGACCCAGCAGCGGCUCCCGGGCGACAGGCAGCACAUCCAGCUAACCUGCUCUGCUGUGGGACACCCUGAGCCAGAGCUCAGCUGGAGCCUGCCAGGGGUGAAGCCGGUGGUGAGCAGCACAGGGAACCGGGUGACGAGCGAGGUGACAGUGGAGGUGACGGCAGCACUGGCCAAGUCCACAAUCUGGUGCCAGGCCAGGAACCGGUUCGGGGAGGCCACACAGCACUUCAUCCUGGAGAUCGAACCCCCAGCAGCUACCCCCUCCUCUUCCCCCCCAGCAGCAGGGGGUCCUGAGCCCCAGGGUGGCAGUGGCGCUGCGGUUGUGGCUGUCGUGGUCUGUGUCCUGCUGCUCCUGCUCAUCGUCGGCUUCUUCUACUGCAUGCAGCGCCGGGGACACCUGCCCUGUGGGGCGGGGGAGAAGAGAUCACUGACACUCAAGGAGGGUGGUGCGGAGGAUCCGGCUGUGGAGAUGAAGACGGACAAACGGAACGAGCAGACGGGCCUGCUGAGUCCGAGCGGGGGCGGUGGGGGGGGCGACGGGGGUCACGAGUGCUGAGCCCUGCCCCAGCAGAUGGCUGUACUGGGAACUCCCCCCCCAGAGGAAGAGGAGGCUGGGACGGCAGCCGGCUGGGAGAGAUGGAUUUU